AUGGAGGCACUUCAGACUUCGUACGAGGAGCUGAGCUCCAAGUACGAAGCUGAAGUAGCUCUGGUGAGGCUGGAGGCCCAAACACAGAAGGAUUAUGAAGAGGGAAUCAAAAACCUGAAAGCAGAGAAGGAAGAGAUCAUCGAAAACCUGUCAAGAAACAUCAACAUCAUGCGAAAGAGGGAGAAACAGAUCCUAAAUGAACUUGACCAGGUUUUCUAUUCAUUUGAGGAGCUGAAACGCAGAUAUGAGACGGACAUCAUCUAUUUUCAGCAGCAGAUUGAGUCGUUCCGUCAGAGGACGGAGCAAAAGGAAACCACUCUUUCUAACAGAGUCAAGAAAGGAAAACUUCUGCGGGAAAAAAACUUUUCUUCCCUGCAACAGCAAGUUGCAAAACUGCAGCAGCAAAUCACAGCGGAGAGGAAAUGUCAUCAAGAGAAGUCAGAGGAGGACCUGGCCAUUCUCCAUAACAUCAGAGCCGAGAAUGCCGUCCUCCUGGAAGAGACCAGGCAAGAGAUGAACAUCCUGCAGGAGAAGGUCAGCAGCUCCCAGGAUGACUUGCAGAAGGCUGACAGUAGGUACAAAGAGCUCCUCUGCCGGUACGAGACGGACAUCAUCCAUCUGCAGCACCAGAAUGAGUCGUACCGGCAGAGGAUAAAGCAACAGACAAUAGCCCUUUCUAACAGAGAGCAGCUACUCCAGGAAAGAACGUUUUGUGCCCUAAAACAGCAAGUUAGAAAACUGCAGCAGCAGAUCAAUCAGGAGAGAGAAAGUCAUCAACAGAAAUCCGAGGAGGACGAGGCGAUGCUCCACGCCAUCGAAGCCGAGAACGCCGUCCUCCUUGAAAAGACCAGGCAAGAGGUUAAGAUCCUGCAGGAGAAGGUCAGCAGCUCCCAGGAUGAGUUGCAAACGGCUGACGGUAGGUACAAAGAGCUCCACUGUAGAUACAAGACAGACAUCACUGAUUUGAUACAACUAACGGAGCAGUACCAACAGCAGGUGACUUGUCUGCAAAAUGACUUGGAGAGAGCCAGCCUGGAUCUGUCUGGCUCUUUCCAAGUCAUUUCUGACCUGCUGAGACAACAGAAGGAUGGUCCCCAAGAGAAGGAGUUUCCAGCCAAGAGGAUUCUUCGAGGAGGCGCUUUCUGGAGGACCUUGUUCCACGACCAAGAAUCCACGGAGGAGAUCCCUGGCGAAUCUGGCAUGGAAGAGUUGGACCAUCCACACACUGACACCAUGCAGGAGGCGAAAGCAUUAGGAGAAAAAAUGUCUCAUCGUUCACCAAGAUUCAACUUUGAACUGAUUGGACCCCACGGGAGAAGGGAAGCCCAGCAGAACCAGCAAGGCGGGUUCCCUCCUGUGCAGCCCAAUGCCUCCCACGGGGAGAUCGGAAGGCUGAGCUCCCUCCAGGAGAUGGAGAGAGCUGGAAGGUACGAAGACCACCAGCGACUGGCCCACCUGGAGGCAGAGCUGGAGCGAGAGAGAGAGAAGAGUAAGGGCCUCCAGGAAGAAAUGGAGGCACUUCAGACUUCGUACGAGGAGCUGAGCUCCAAGUACGAAGCUGAAGUAGCUCUGGUGAGGCUGGAGGCCCAAACACAGAAGGAUUAUGAAGAGGGAAUCAAAAACCUGAAAGCAGAGAAGGAAGAGAUCAUCGAAAACCUGUCAAGAAACAUCAACAUCAUGCGAAAGAGGGAGAAACAGAUCCUAAAUGAACUUGACCAGGUUUUCUAUUCAUUUGAGGAGCUGAAACGCAGAUACGAGACAGACAUAAUCUAUUUUCAGCAGCAGAUUGAGUCGUUCUCGCAGAGGAAAGAGCAAAAGGAAACCACUCUUUCUAACAGAGUCAAGAAAGGAAAACUUCUGCGGGAAAAAAACUUUUCUUCCCUGCAACAGCAAGUUGCAAAACUGCAGCAGCAAAUCACAGCGGAGAGGAAAAGUCAUCAAGAGAAGUCAGAGGAGGACCUGGCCAUUCUCCAUAACAUCAGAGCCGAGAAUGCCGUCCUCCUGGAAGAGACCAGGCAAGAGAUGAACAUCCUGCAGGAGAAGGUCAGCAGCUCCCAGGAUGACUUGCAGAAGGCUGACAGUAGGUACAAAGAGCUCCUCUGCCGGUACGAGACGGACAUCAUCCAUCUGCAGCAGCAGAAUGAGUCGUACCGGCAGAGGAUAAAGCAACAGACAAUAGCCCUUUCUAACAGAGAGCAGCUACUCCAGGAAAGAACGUUUUGUGCCCUAAAACAGCAAGUUAGAAAACUGCAGCAGCAGAUCAAUCAGGAGAGAGAAAGUCAUCAACAGAAAUCCGAGGAGGACGAGGCGAUGCUCCACGCCAUCGAAGCCGAGAACGCCGUCCUCCUUGAAAAGACCAGGCAAGAGGUUAAGAUCCUGCAGGAGAAGGUCAGCAGCUCCCAGGAUGAGUUGCAGACGGCUGACGGUAGGUACAAAGAGCUCCACUGUAGAUACAAGACAGACAUCACUGAUUUGAUACAACUAACGGAGCAGUACCAACAGCAGGUGACUUGUCUGCAAAAUGACUUGGAGAGAGCCAGCCUGGAUCUGUCUGGCUCUUUCCAAGUCAUUUCUGACCUGCUCAGACAACAGAAGGAUGGUCCCCAAGAGAAGGAGGUAAGUUCUCUAAUUCAACUCGACCUGGUCCAAGUUUCCAGCCAAGAGGAUUCUUCGGAGGAGGCGCUUUCUGGAGGACCUUGUUCCACCGACCAAGAAUCCACGGAGGAGAUCCCUGGCAAUCUGGCAUGGAAGAGUUGGACCAUCCACACACUGACACCAUGCAGGAGGGGAAGCCCAGCAGAACCAGCAAGGCGGGUUCCCCCUGUGCAGCCCAAUGCCUCCCACGGGGAGAUCGGAAGGCUGAGCUCCCUCCAGGAGAUGGAGAGAGCUGGAAGGUACGAAGACCACCAGCGACUGGCCCACCUGGAGGCAGAGCUGGAGCGAGAGAGAGAGAAGAGUAAGGGCCUCCAGGAAGAAAUGGAGGCACUUCAGACUUCGUACGAGGAGCUGAGCUCCAAGUACGAAGCUGAAGUAGCUCUGGUGAGGCUGGAGGCCCAAACACAGAAGGAUUAUGAAGAGGGAAUCAAAAACCUGAAAGCAGAGAAGGAAGAGAUCAUCGAAAACCUGUCAAGAAACAUCAACAUCAUGCGAAAGAGGGAGAAACAGAUCCUAAAUGAACUUGACCAGCAAGUUGCAAAACUGCAGCAGCAAAUCACAGCGGAGAGGAAAAGUCAUCAAGAGAAGUCAGAGGAGGACCUGGCCAUUCUCCAUAACAUCAGAGCCGAGAAUGCCGUCCUCCUGGAAGAGACCAGGCAAGAGAUGAACAUCCUGCAGGAGAAGGUCAGCAGCUCCCAGGAUGACUUGCAGAAGGCUGACAGUAGGUACAAAGAGCUCCUCUGCCGGUACGAGACGGACAUCAUCCAUCUGCAGCAGCAGAAUGAGUCCAAGUUAGAAAACUGCAGCAGCAGAUCAAUCAGGAGAGAGAAAGUCAUCAACAGAAAUCCGAGGAGGACGAUGCUCCACGCCAUCGAAGCCGAGAACGCCGUCCUCCUUGAAAAGACCAGGCAAGAGGUUAAGAUCCUGCAGGAGAAGGUCAGCAGCUCCCAGGAUGAGUUGCAGACGGCUGACGGUAGGUACAAAGAGCUCCACUGUAGAUACAAGACAGACAUCACUGAUUUGAUACAACUAACGGAGCAGUACCAACAGCAGGUGACUUGUCUGCAAAAUGACUUGGAGAGAGCCAGCCUGGAUCUGUCUGGCUCUUUCCAAGUCAUUUCUGACCUGCUGAGACAACAGAAGGAUGGUCCCCAAGAGAAGGAGGUAAGUUCUCUAAUUCAACUCGACCUGGUCCAAGUUUCCAGCCAAGAGGAUUCUUCGGAGGAGGCGCUUUCUGGAGGACCUUGUUCCACCGACCAAGAAUCCACGGAGGAGAUCCCUGGCGAAUCUGGCAUGGAAGAGUUGGACCAUCCACACACUGACACCAUGCAGGAGGGGAAGCCCAGCAGAACCAGCAAGGCGGGUUUCCCUCCUGUGCAGCCCAAUGCCUCCCACGGGGAGAUCGGAAGGCUGAGCUCCCUCCAGGAGAUGGAGAGAGCUGGAAGGUACGAAGACCACCAGCGACUGGCCCACCUGGAGGCAGAGCUGGAGCGAGAGAGAGAGAAGAGUAAGGGCCUCCAGGAAGAAAUGGAGGCACUUCAGACUUCGUACGAGGAGCUGAGCUCCAAGUACGAAGCUGAAGUAGCUCUGGUGAGGCUGGAGGCCCAAACACAGAAGGAUUAUGAAGAGGGAAUCAAAAACCUGAAAGCAGAGAAGGAAGAGAUCAUCGAAAACCUGUCAAGAAACAUCAACAUCAUGCGAAAGAGGGAGAAACAGAUCCUAAAUGAACUUGACCAGGUUUUCUAUUCAUUUGAGGAGCUGAAACGCAGAUAUGAGACGGACAUCAUCUAUUUUCAGCAGCAGAUUGAGUCGUUCCGUCAGAGGACGGAGCAAAAGGAAACCACUCUUUCUAACAGAGAGAAGAAAGGAAAACUUCUGCGGGAAAAAAACUUUUCUUCCCUGCAACAGCAAGUUGCAAAACUGCAGCAGCAAAUCACAGCGGAGAGGAAAAGUCAUCAAGAGAAGUCAGAGGAGGACCUGGCCAUUCUCCAUAACAUCAGAGCCGAGAAUGCCGUCCUCCUGGAAGAGACCAGGCAAGAGAUGAACAUCCUGCAGGAGAAGGUCAGCAGCUCCCAGGAUGACUUGCAGAAGGCUGACAGUAGGUACAAAGAGCUCCUCUGCCGGUACGAGACGGACAUCAUCCAUCUGCAGCAGCAGAAUGAGUCGUACCGGCAGAGGAUAAAGCAACAGACAAUAGCCCUUUCUAACAGAGAGCAGCUACUCCAGGAAAGAACGUUUUGUGCCCUAAAACAGCAAGUUAGAAAACUGCAGCAGCAGAUCAAUCAGGAGAGAGAAAGUCAUCAACAGAAAUCCGAGGAGGACGAGGCGAUGCUCCACGCCAUCGAAGCCGAGAACGCCGUCCUCCUUGAAAAGACCAGGCAAGAGGUUAAGAUCCUGCAGGAGAAGGUCAGCAGCUCCCAGGAUGAGUUGCAGACGGCUGACGGUAGGUACAAAGAGCUCCACUGUAGAUACAAGACAGACAUCACUGAUUUGAUACAACUAACGGAGCAGUACCAACAGCAGGUGACUUGUCUGCAAAAUGACUUGGAGAGAGCCAGCCUGGAUCUGUCUGGCUCUUUCCAAGUCAUUUCUGACCUGCUGAGACAACAGAAGGAUGGUCCCCAAGAGAAGGAGGUAAGUUCUCUAAUUCAACUCGACCUGGUCCAAGUUUCCAGCCAAGAGGAUUCUUCGGAGGAGGCGCUUUCUGGAGGACCUUGUUCCACCGACCAAGAAUCCACGGAGGAGAUCCCUGGCGAAUCUGGCAUGGAAGAGUUGGACCAUCCACACACUGACACCAUGCAGGAGGGACGCGCAUCAGGAAUCCGCCUGUCUCCAGGGUGGCUGAGAAAAGCGCUGGUCCCCACUCCCCUCUUCCCCCCACUCUCCCCCUUCCUCUCCCCCUGA